AUGUCCUCCUCUACUAGCUCCGCCAACCCCAAUGGGACAUUGCCGGAACCUCAAGCACCCCAGCCCAUUGCCCUCAUUGGAUAUGCCUGUCGGCUGUCUGGGCAGGUCUCCUCCCCCGGCGACUUAUGGGAACUAUGUACUCGGGGUCGGAGUGGCUGGACUCCCAUUCCCAAAGACCGAUUCUCUCCCGGGGCCUAUCACCACCCGGAACCGUCCAAGGCGGGAACAUUCAACCCAGCAGGAGGUUACUUUCUAGACGAUGAGACCUUGUCUCGGUUCGAUGCGCCAUUUUUCAAUGUUACUGUCCAAGAAGCUAUUUCCAUGGACCCACAGCAACGGCUUCUUUUGGAGACCUCCUACGAGGCUUUGGAGAGUGCUGGCAUUCCCAAAGAAUCACUCGCAGGACGCAACGUUGGUGUCUUUGUCGGCGGUAAUUUUGCCGACUAUGAACUUCGAAAUCUGCGUGAUAUCGAGACUGCUCCUCCAUUCCAGGCUACCGGUAAUGCUCCCUCAAUUCAAUCCAACCGAAUCUCCUACUUCUUUGAUUUGCAAGGACCAAGUCUCACCAUCGAUACGGCGUGUUCCUCAUCUCUGGUCGCAUUGCACUAUGCAGUUCAGAGUCUGCGCAGUGGCGAGUCUAAAGAAGCGCUGGUCGCUGGAUGCAGGUUGAAUAUUCUUCCAGAUUAUUUCGUUUCCAUGUCUAUGUCGCAGUUGUUCAAUGAUGACGGAAAGACUUAUUCGUUUGAUGAGCGUGCUAAAUCUGGUUUCGCACGAGGCGAGGGUGCAGGUGUCGUGCUUCUCAAGCCGCUCGAUGCUGCCCUUCGUGAUAAAGAUCCCAUUCGGGCUAUAAUUGCUAAUACUGGUGUCAACCAAGAUGGGCGGACCAAGGGUAUCACCUUGCCCAAUGGAAAGGCCCAAGAGGAUCUCAUCCGACAGGUGUACCGGGAUGGCCUCAUGAACCCGGAUGAAUGUGGAUUUGCCGAAAUGCACGGUACCGGAACCAAGGCCGGAGACCCCAUUGAGGCGGAGGCCGUCCACGGAGCUCUGGGCCAGAACCGCAACGCUAGAAAUCCGCUUUACAUUGGUUCAGCCAAGUCCAAUGUCGGCCAUCUCGAAGGUGCCAGCGGUAUGGUCUCGAUCAUCAAGGCUGCCAUGAUGCUGGACAGAGGAUUGAUGCUGCCAAAUGCCGACUUUAAGAAGCCUAACCCCAAUAUCCCAUUGAACGAGUGGAACAUGAAGGUCCUCACAUCAACCCGACCUUGGCCUCGUGGCAAGAAGUAUAUUAGUGUUUCUAACUAUGGCUUUGGUGGAACCAAUGCUCACGCGGUUCUCGAGAAGCCCCCGCCACCACCCGAGGCACUGGAAGACCCGGAUGAUGAUCUCGAUCCUGCCCACAAGCUGUUCUUGAUCUCGGCCAACGACAAGGAGUCACUCAAGACGCGAAUCAAAGAUUUUGGUGUCUACUUUGAACAGCGACCAGAGGUGUUUGAAAAAUCACUGUUUGGAAAUUUCGCCCAUACCGUGGGCAGUAAGCUGUCUCACCUCUCAUACCGAGUUGCCCUUUCCGCCACUUCACUGGAUGAACUCAGCAUUCGUCUGGCCCAGUUGAAGGCGAACCCUACUCGAGUCCUGGGAACGCCAACCCUUUCAUUUGUCUUCACUGGACAGGGUGCUCAAUGGGCCCAGAUGGGUAUGCCUUUGAUGAAGGAAUAUACUGUUUUUGCAGAGGCAAUGAAGAGAGCUGAUGAGCACUUGCGACACCUCGGAGCGGAGUUUUCUCUUAUUGAAGAGCUUGAAAAGGAUACUACCCACUCGCAAAUCAACUCGCCGCAUCUCAGUCAGCCCGCUUGUACGGCUCUCCAGGUUGCCCUGGUGGACCUUCUUCGAUCUUGGGGUGUCAAGCCAACUUCCGUCGUGGGUCACAGCUCUGGUGAGAUUGGUGCUGCCUAUGCCGCCGGUAUCUACGACCUGGAAGCAGCCAUGGCACUAUCCUACCGCCGUGGUCAAAUGACCCAGCUAUUGAAAGGGUCAUUCCCCUUGCUCCAAGGCACGAUGAUUGCUGUUGGAGCAAGCCCUGAGACUAUUAGACCGAUGCUGAAGACCCUGAAGGGAUACGCCACUGUUGCUUGUGUCAACAGUCCUUCUAGUGUGACCGUCUCUGGAGACGCACCGGCAAUUGACGAGUUGGAGACUAUCUUGCAGGCCAAGCAACUCUUCAACCGGAAGCUGAAGAUUGACGUUGCCUACCACUCUGACCACAUGAAGAAUGUUGCCGAGGCAUACCUCUCCUCAAUCGAGUCUAUCAAGCCUUCUAGCACGUCGACGGCUACAUUCUUCUCUUCAGUGACUGGCCAGAUUGCUGACCCAUCCGAGCUGGGUGCCGCCUACUGGGUGCAGAACCUGACAUCUCCAGUCCUGUUUGCCAAUGCUCUCACCAAGAUGUGCGCCGAGGAAGAGUUUCGUCCCAAUUUGCUGGUUGAGGUUGGCCCUCAUUCUGCCCUGAAGGGUCCCAUCCUGGACACGAUGAAGACAAUUGGCUCAAUCACUGCGAAGAUCGGUUAUACCCCUACUGUCGUUCGAAAUGCAGACCCUGCACAGUCUGUUCUAGAUGCUGCUGGUGCUGCAUUUGUUCGUGGAGUCACUCUUGACAUCAACAAGGUGAACUUCCCUGUCAGUGGUGGAGCCUCCCGGGCUUUCUUGCGGGAUCUCCCUCGUUACCCUUGGCAGCACGGUACCAAGUACUGGCACGAGUCUCGUAUUGCUCAAAAGCAUGCCCUCAGAGAUGGGGCUCGGAAUGAUCUUCUGGGAGCACAGGCUUUCUACUCGAAUGACCUGGAGCCCACGUGGAGAAACAUUGUUCGUCUCGAUGAUAUCCCAUGGCUCCGGGAACACAAGAUGCAAGGCAUGGCUGUUUACCCCAUGGCCGGUUAUCUAUCCAUGGCAGUGGAGGGUGCCAAGCGGCGCGCAGAGAGCCGGGACGCACAGUUCUCCCAGUUCGACUUCCGAGAGGUAAAGGUUGGUUCAGCUCUGGUCUUGAGCGACGACUCCGACGCCGAAACAACCAUCACGCUUCGACCAUACGCCGAGGGCACACGUGGUAACUCUGAUGUAUGGGAUGAAUUCCGCAUCUGCUCUUGGUCUACCAAGCGAGGCUGGACAGAGCACUGCUCGGGAUUGGUUCGAACACGCGUGAAUAAGAAGCAACAGACUGCCGUUUCCAACGUCGCUGAGACAGAGGUAAACCACUUCCAGAACCAAAUCGCAUCCGUGCGCACCGCAACCACGUACAGCAUUGACACCAGCAACAUGUACCAGGUCCUGGCUGAGGUAGGAGCCGGGUAUGGACCGGCUUUCCAAGGGCUGGAAAAUUGCUUUUCUAGCCCCAGUCACUCUCGAGCCGAUCUUUAUGUCCGAGAUACGAAGUCUAUGAUGCCCAAGCAAUUCGAGGCUCCGUUGGUCAUCCACCCGACUUUCCUGGAUGCUUUGUUGCACCUUGUUUGGCCAAUUCUGGGUAAUGGUAAAAUGGAGCUGGAGACUCUUUAUAUGCCGACUAUGAUCAAGAACUUGUCUAUUACCAACAACAUUCCCACGAACCCUGGCGAAUUUGUGAAGGCUUGGUGCAAUGGAGGUCCAAUUCAGCAGACGCCUGAGCCGACCAAGUUUGAUCUUUGGGUUACUCCGGAGAACUCGACGGAUGUCUUGAUCUCCAUGGAGGGGUUGAUUAUGACUCCCCUUAAGGAUGCCGGUUCGCUCCGUGGCUCUGAUGCCCGUGAUCUCUGCUUCAAGCUGGAAUGGUCUCCACUGUCUCAGCCUGAGGAAGAAGCCAAUGGUCAUGCCCAGAGCAAUGGAGAUCCAGCUGUGAACGGACAUGUCGACAAGCCUCAUGUCAACGGCAACGGUACUCUUCACCAGAGCGACGUCUUGAUUACGCAAUUCGGCAACUCGAAUGGUGGUGCUGAGAAGUUGAGCAGUGCAAUCACAGCCGCGACAAGCAGCUGGCUGCCAUCAAUUUCAACCUUUGGCCAAGUCGACUGCGCUAACAAGCAUGUUGUUGUGCUCCAGACUGGUGACGAGACCCUGCGUGAUCUUACCUCGGAGGUCUUUGAAAACAUCAAGAAGACUCUACUCACUGCAUCCCAUGUGCUUUGGGUGUACCGCGAAGAUACUCCUGACGCUCACAUGAUUGUCGGCUUGACUCGCAGUCUCCGUUCUGAGGCCCUGUCAAAGGUUGCUACUCUCGGCAUCAACACUGCAGAGCUCGACAACUCAAAGCCUGUCCUGGCCGCUAUCGAGGCUUUGUGGCCUACUGACGGCGCGAAGCCGAGCAAGCAUUUCGAAUUCAAGGCCAAGGGUGAUGAGCUGCUUGUCCCACGUGUGGUCAACGAUGAUGCCGCCAAUGCAUUUGUUCACAACGAGACUCAUGAACAAACCAUCACGACCCAGCCGUUUAUCCAGCCUGGCCGUCGCUUCAAUCUCCAGAUUGCCAGCCCCGGAUCUUUGGAUACAUUGUAUUUCAAAGAUGACGAGCCCGAGCCAUUGGCCGACGACGAUGUCGAGAUCGAAGUCAAAGCCACCGGCUUGAACUUCAAGGAUAUUGUCGUCACAAUGGGUCAAUUGGCACAGCCUUACAUUGGAAUCGAAUGCAGUGGUAUUGUGACAGCAGUCGGAAAGAAGGUCCAGCAUCUGCAAGUCGGACAAAGAGUUAUGGCCUUGCCCCUGGGUGCCUACUCUACAUAUGCUCGAUGCAAGGCUACCAGCGCAGCACCCAUUCCGGACUUCAUGUCAUUUGAGGUCGCUGCCACUAUCCCAGUCAUCUUCUGCACAGCCUACUACGCUCUAUUCAACCUCAGUCAGCUCCAGGCCGGUGAAAAGGUUCUCAUCCACGCCGGUGCAGGUGGUGUCGGACAAGCAGCUAUCCAGCUAGCACAAAUCAUUGGAGCUGAGAUCUUCGUGACGGUCGGCAGCGUGGAGAAGAAACAGUUCCUCAUCACGCAAUACAGUAUCCCCGAGGACCACAUCUUCUACAGCCGUGAUGUAUCCUUCGGUCAGGGUAUCCGCAGAGCUACGAACAACAAGGGUGUGGAUGUGGUGAUCAACUCGCUGGCGGGUGAUCUCCUCCGCGAGACCUGGGAGACUCUUGCGCCGUUUGGUCGCUUCGUCGAGAUCGGCAAGGCUGAUAUCACGAAGAAUACUCGGCUGGACAUGCUGCCGUUCGAGUACAACGUGUCUUUCUCUUCUAUUGAUCUGACCAAGGUUGCAUCGUACAAGCCGGUUUUGAUGAAGAGCCUCUUGGAUGAGGUUUCUCAGAUGAUGAGCAAGGGCUCACUCAAUUCUAUUAUGCCCCUGACCAGCUACAAGAUCUCUGAGCUGGAGGCUGCCUUCCGGAAGUUGCAGACCGGAAAGGCGAUGGGUAAGAUCGUUGUUGUUCCCCAUGCAGAGGACCAAGUCAAGGCCGUUGCACCCAAGAUCAGCUCCUCUCUGCUCAAGGCCGAUGCCUCCUACAUCCUGAUCGGUGGAACAGGUGGUCUCGGCCGAAGCAUGGCCAAAUGGAUGUCAUCCAAGGGAGCACGCAACAUCGUCCUCGUAUCCCGGCGAGCAUCCAUCAACGACAAAGUCCAAGCUCUAAUCGACGAGCUAGCAGUCGACGGAACCCUCGUCACAGUGAAAGCCUGCGACGUGAUCGACAAACAGUCCGUCUCGACUCUCAUAAACGAGGACAUGAAAGACCUACCCCCAGUCCGCGGCGUCGUUCACGGAGCCAUGGUCCUUCGCGACAUGCUCUUCGAAAACAUGACACUGGACGACUUCACCUCAGUGGCAGCGAGCAAGGUCGAAGGAGCCUGGAACUUCCACAACGUCCUCGCAGACACAAAGCUGGACUUCUUCAUCGCGCUCUCCUCCGUAGCCGGUGUGAUCGGUAACAGAGGCCAAGCAGCAUACGCAGCGGCCAACGUCUUCCUUGACGAAUUCAUGUCCUACAGACGCUCCCUCAACCUCCCCGGAACAACAAUCGACCUGACAGCAGUCAGCGACGCAGGCUACCUCGCCGACGUGGACGCCAAGCGUCUCGCCGAAGUCCUUAAGAACAUUGGCAGCGACACAAUGGACGAAGGCGAGGUCCUAGCACUAUUCGGCGCAGCCAUAACCGGUGAGCUUGCCCGCUCGUGUUCCGGUCAAAGCAUCACGGGUCUCAGUCUUGGCAAAACGCUGGACCACUUCUGGGCCCAGGACGCGAAGUUCAGUGAUCUUUAUGAGUCUGCCAAGGAGAAGUUGGGCAGUGGAGGCGGUCCGUCUGGACCUUCUGUGCCGCUCAAUGUGCAGUUGACUAGUGCUGAGAACAAGGAGGCUGCAUUGCAGAUUUCUUAUCAUGCUUUGGCGGCUAAGUUGGCGCAAGUGCUGCAGAUUUCGCUGGAGGAUAUGGAUCCUUCUGUUACCGUUGCAUCGCUAGGAUUGGAUUCCUUGGUCGCUAUUGAGAUUCGAAACUGGAUUGCUAGGGAGGCGAAUGCUAAUGUGCAGGUGUUGGAGUUGUUGUCUAGUGGGUCGUUGAUGGCUUUGGCGGAGAUUAUUUUGAACAAGUCGCAGGCUUAG